CUCACGAGCCUCCCAAGAGGACAGACGAGCCUUUCUUCACAGUGGACUGCAUCCUCUCCCUGAGACAGAGAUGGGAUAGUUUCUGCGGCCUGCCCCUCCGGAGUAGCUGGGCUGAAGAGUCUGCCGAAUGAAGCCAUGUAACCACCCCUGGGAGAGAAGCUGAGGCCUGUAGUGGGGGGGAGGGGCGAGGACUUAACCCUUCCCCCCCAGACCCUCCCCUUCAGAGUUCACCCCAGCCCAGGAUUUUGGACCAGGAGGAGAGAAACUGCGUAUCGUUUUCAUCUGUCUGAUGUGCGAUUCUCAAUUUUGAAAGUGAAGUACUGACUAGGAGUUUUGACGAUUUCCAGGGGAACAGUUGGAGCAAAGCAAAAAGGUGCAGGCUGCUCCCUGAAGCCAACUCGGAGGCAGCGUCCGGAGCAGUGCAGGUGGCUGGGUCCUGCGGCGUGCGUCCCCCGGUGGGGGCAGGAUGCUGAAGAAGCAGUCGGCAGGCCUGGUGCUGUGGGGCGCCGUCCUCUUUGUGGCCUGGAACGCCCUCCUGCUGCUGUUCUUCUGGACGCGCCCCCCACCCAGCCCCCUGCCCGCCGGGGGCUCGCUGGACGGCGACCCGGCCGGGCUGGCCGAGGAGCUGAUCCGCCUGACCCAGGAGGCCGAGCUGGAGCUGGAGCAGCAGCGGAGCCUCCUGCGGCAGAUCCACGAGCAGCACGUGCGCUGGGGCCAGCAGCGGCGCCCGGCGCCCAGCCCGGCCCCGCCAGCCGCCCCUGAGACCGCGCCGCCUGCCGUGCUGCCCAUCCUGGUCAUCGCCUGCGACCGCAGCACGGUGCGCCGCUGCCUGGACAAGCUGCUGCACUACCGGCCGUCGGCCGAGCUCUUCCCCAUCAUCGUCAGCCAGGACUGCGGACACGAGGAGACGGCGCGCGUCAUCGCCUCCUACGGCGGUGCCGUCACGCACCUGCGCCAGCCCGACCUCAGUGCCAUCCCUGUGCCCCCAGACCACCGCAAGUUCCAGGGCUACUACAAGAUCGCGCGCCACUACCGCUGGGCGCUGGGCCAGGUCUUCCAGGCGCGCCGCUUCCGCGCGGCCGUGGUGGUGGAGGACGACCUGGAGGUGGCCCCCGACUUCUUUGAGUACUUCCAGGCCACCUACCCGCUGCUGCGCGCCGACCCCUCGCUCUGGUGCGUGUCGGCCUGGAACGACAACGGCAAGGAGCAAAUGGUGGACGCGGGCCGGCCCGAGCUGCUCUACCGCACCGACUUCUUCCCGGGCCUGGGCUGGCUGCUGCUGGCCGAGCUCUGGGCCGAGCUGGAGCCCAAGUGGCCCAAGGCCUUCUGGGACGACUGGAUGAGGCGGCCGGAGCAGCGCCAGGGCCGCGCCUGCCUGCGGCCUGAGGUGUCCAGGACCAUGACCUUUGGCCGCCGUGGUGUUAGCCACGGGCAGUUCUUCGACCAGCACCUCAAGUUCAUCAAGCUGAACCAGCACUUUGUGCCCUUCACGCAGCUGGACCUGUCCUACCUGCGGCGGGACGCCUACGACCGGGACUUCCUGGCUCGGGUCUACGGGGCCCCGCAGCUGCAGGUGGAGGCUGUGCGGGCCAGCGAGCGCCAGGAGCUGGGUGAGGUGCGCGUGCAGUACACCAGCAGGGACAGCUUCAAGGCCUUCGCCAAGGCCCUGGGCGUCAUGGACGACCUCAAGUCCGGGGUCCCCAGGGCCGGCUACCGUGGUAUCGUCAGCUUCCUGUUCCGUGGCCGGCGUGUCCACCUGGCGCCCCCGCAGACCUGGACAGGAUACGACCCGACUUGGAACUAGCGGCCCUCCCCCACCACCACCUCCCUUGCCAUGGCACGGGCCGGCCACAGAAGCUGAGCCGUGUGUCCUCUUGGGUUCAUUGAUCUGUUUCUUUCUCUCUCUCUCUUUCUUUCUUUCUUUCUUUUUUUCUUUCUUUUUUCUUUCUUUCUUUCUUUCUUGCAGUGGCAUUCGAGUGCACAGAUGAGAAAGUGAGGGUUCUUCUCCAUUCUCAGAGGUUGGGGGGGUGGGGCAGCGUCAGAUCAGUGACUCCUUUCUGAAGUGUACUAGGCAGGGCGGGCUGAGGAGACCACCGUGUGGUCCAGGAGGUGCUUGAGCAGGUCGGGGUGCAAACCCCAAGUCUCCUUUGGGACGGCUGCAGAGAGGUUGGCCACUUGAAUUCGUGGCCACCAGGCCCCUGGGCCUGGGUCUGAGCGCUCACCCACACCAGGCUUCCCCCUAAUGAGGGGCUGGGGGGCAGCAUUCCUGAGAAGCUGCAUGUGAGUCAGACCGAGUUUCAGAAGUGUUGUGGGCCUGGUGGUCAUCAGGGUUUACUUUCCAUGUUUUUCCACAUUAUUCUUGACCUCAUCUCAUCCUUCUUCACAGCCCAGAAGUUUGAAAUUCAAAGAGGUUAAGUAUAGGGAAGGAAAAGCUUAACCUCUCAUCUGGCUUGAGAGGAGGAGAGAUUCCGAGAAGGGGGACGCCGUGUGUGUGUGUGUGUGUGUGUGUGUGUGUGUGUGUGUGUGUGUGUGUGUGUAGGGGUGGGGGCACCUGUCCACAUCUCCCCCUGUUCCUGCCUCAGAUACACAAACUUGUCUCUGCACCUGGUCCCAUUGUUCUGGGAGGGCUUCCUGCGGGCUCAGUGGGAGAGAGGUUAGGUGCCCACCUGGGUCAGCCUCCUGCCCUGGCCAACACUUCCCCCCACUUCCCCUCCCCCCCCUGCAGUCCAGUCUGCCCAUCUGCCCAAAUUGGGUCCAGGUGGCCGCUCCGCAAGGCAACGGGUGCAUUCUGGUUUCUUGCCUGACCUCAGUUCCCGGGAGAAAGGUGAAGCUACAGAAUUAUUUUCAAAAAUAAAGGCCUCAAUUGUCU